AUGGAGCCGCUCGGUCUCGGCUUUCCUGACUUUCCUGCCUCAUCCGAACUUACGCCGGUGCUGCUCUCGGCCAUCACCUCGGUCGCCUCUCUCCACUCGCCGUUCUCAGAACUAAGGGCGCGGCAACUGCAACUGCGCCAUGAUGUGCUCCAACGCACCAUGCCCUACGCACCUGCUACGGCCGAAGACGACUUCAACCCGGAAAGCGGAAUCGGCACCGAAGAGGUGGUAGGCGCGUGCAUAUGGAGCACAUACCAAGGGUCCGAGGAGGCGUGGAAGGUGGCGCGGGCAGCGAGAUGGUGGAGUGAAAAGUACAGCUACGAGACGGGUCCACAUGCUGGGUUGACAGUGGGUGAAAUAGUAGCCAUCCUACCGCCAGUGCGACAUGUGACGAUGCAGGAUCGAGUGCGCAUCUGGCUGACAGCGUUUUUGGCGGAGCUACACCAGUGCGAGAUUCACGGCAAGGAGCCCAUCAUGCAGCUGAUCGACCCGGCGCAGUACAGCCAGGCGUUGAUGUCGAGCAGCAGCGACAACAGCAGUAACAAGACGAAAAUGACCAAACAAGAUGCUGGGUUGGUGUUUUACUCUCGCGUUGCAUAUCUCCUGGCAAGAACGAGAACGGAACAAGGGGAUCCGGAUAGAUUGGUCCAGGCGACACGAGACGUUACUGCGAGCUGGUGCUCUACUCGAGCAGUGCUUGCGAGUGACCCAGAAAAGAGGGAUGUGUACGACCACACGAUCGAUCUGCACCACAUCUUGGCAAAAGCAUGUGUGCUGAUCCGAGCCUGUCGCAUGUACGAGGAGCGUAUAUCGAACAAGAUACAGGGCGAGGUCAGUGCGGCCAUUGCUGCCUAUGUCGGUUGCUCCCAGACCUGCCAACAGACAUGCAUGGACGGGAUCAAGCUCCUCCUCUCGCCACAAACAGGCUUUGCCAGCAACUUGGCAGCGCUCCCUUCCAUCUACCACUUUUGGAUGGCGCAAUGUGCCAUGUUCCUGAUCGAACUGUGCAUGGUGGACCGUCUGCCUUACCGAUUGGGACUGCUGGUCGAAGGUCAGCUCGACGAAAUACUGCGCGCGGUGGGUGCAUUUAUGCAGCAGUACCUUGCAGAGCUGUCGGCGUGCAACACUGCAGUUGUGGUGGAGGAGCGGCAGCACGAGGCGGAAGCAAGGCAGGAGGAGGUGAUCAAGCAUCCGGCGCUGGAUGCCGCUUUGGCUGUGGCAGAUAUGCUCGCUAGCGUUCGAGCUACCGCUUAA